AAUAUAUUAUCAUCAUCUUAAUGUCCAUACAUAUGUUGUUUGUAGGACAGAAUAAGAGAAAAUUCAACUUUUAGGGCAUUUUAGCGAUCUAUUGUAUUUAAUAUACUGGACUCAAAUCCUUGACUUUUACAUACUUUCUGAUGUUAAACGUCGGUAUAAUUCCGAACUUGUUGCUUGGAUUUAUGCAGUAACAAAAUCUAGAGAAGAUACACAGCAAAGUGAAACAUGGAUUGGAGACAUCUUGUUAUCUUGUUCGUAUGCUUUGUCAGUCUGUCAGACGCGGAGGUUUCUAUUUCUACCUUAAAUACUCUUGGAGAGGACGGAAGUAUUGAAUGUGGUUCCCAGGUUAUUCUGAUGUGCAAAAUACAAUCUUUUGCUGGUACAAUGAGCUGGAAAGCUGACAACACAACCAUGAUGAGUUGUAUUUCCGGCUCCUGCCGAACACAUCCGCCUUAUCAUCCUAACUAUGGAUUCGCCUUUGACAGAGUGAACGGAGUGUUUAACAUUACAAUUAAUCCAGUAACAUUUUCGGAGGACAAGAAACAAUUCGAGUGUAAUGAUGGAUCUGCGUCGCAAUUCUUCACAGCGUCUGUAAAAGUGCUACCAGAUAACAGAACUACUGUUCUAAGUAGCACAGACAUCACAAACGGCACAAACAGCACAGACAACACAAAUACAACAGAAGGCACAGAAAUAAAAGUAACCACAGGAUGUAUGUAUCCUGCAGAAAACGUCCAGUUCCAGUGGUAUUUUUUCAAGGAAGGUGAAACUCCUGUUCUAUACAAUGAUGGACAACAGACUGAUGGUUCCACUAAUGGUUCUACGACUGACUGUACCGCUGGAGACUGCGGGGGAGAUGGCGUCAAACAAAUGACGAGUGUAUUGACGUUCAAACAGGAUUCUGAUGGGGAGGAUUACUACAUCCAAGCUGUGGUCACCAUUCAGAUACCCCUGAUAAAUUAGUCGUUACAUCAAACACGUCUUAUAAGUUGAAAGUUUCAGAUGAAAAGAUCUUUUCAUUGUUCGGAGCCCUUGGAACGAAUGUUGGACUUAUCGUUGUUUUAACUGUCAUUGGAAUCGCAAUUGUUGCUAUAACGAUCGCCAUCUUUGUUGUACUGUUGUCUAGAAGACCGGCUGAUCCAGAAAAGGAACAUAUUGUUAAAAAUUAAAAGACAAAACACAUAUCAGUGUUCAAAGUUUAAAAAAUGACUAUUGUGUCUAUAAUAUGUGUCUACGAUUUACUAAUUCGUAAUUAUUUUCUGUGUCCUUUCAACAUGAAUGUAAAAGGGGUAUACAUCUACAUAUAUACAGAAGGAGAAAAGUACAAUGUCUGAUGCACAUACAUGUAUGCUUUACAAAGCCUGCUAGUAAUUCCUAAUCAUUAUAUAGAUCAGACAGUGUAUCUCUGAUAUAUUAAAUAAAUGAACAAUUACAGGAAAAAUGUUUUUGUUUCACUCUGAAUGAACAAUUACAGGAAAAUGUUUUUGUUUCAUUCUGAUACAGUGUACAUACCAAUAUCUGACUUGCAAAGAUGCGAGAUAUAUAGAAGUCCCUCAAGAAAACGUGAAUUACAAUGUUCAAUGAUUAUUUCAGAGAAUUUGCGAGAUCUGAUUUAAAUAACGUUAUACCAAAUGCCCUCUACAAUGUGUCUGAAGCCUGAACACAUUUUGAAAUUGGAAAAAAUAGGUACUGAUAGAAAAAGUGUUCCUACAAUUUUGAAAUUUUGAAAACGACAUAUUAAAUAAUGUCAAGUGUCCAAUAGGAAACAUGAGAAGCGACACCGAAACCUCAGACAUACAUACCAACACGUGGAAAUUGGCGAACGUGUAAAUGCAUACACAAGCACAUAGGCAAAGCACUUGUCAGACUGCACACAUAUACAAAAAUGAAUGCAAUACUAAAACACAGAUUAAACACUAGCUACAGAUUUACAGUGGAUCUACUUCUACCCUUUAUACCAAAUAGAACAUUUUGGAUUAACUUCUAUUGCGAAAAUUUAUCAUUGAAAUGCUUAAAGGGACUAAACCACAAAUUUAGGCGAAAAACAAUUUCUCUCAGAAAUCCAUUAAAAAAAAGAAAACUCUGAAAGUUGCUAGUGGUUCAAACCUAUUGACAAAAGAUUUCUGCAAGAUAUUCUUAUAAAUAACCAACAGUAGUGUGCCGUUGCAACGCUUUUGAAAUAAUGCAGAAAAAUACCUUCUUGCUUUUUACCAAUAUCAAACUUUUAUUUUCAACGAUUUUAUCAUAUUACAGUUUUAGAUAUACAUUCUGUGCCAAACUGUGGGCGAGUAGCUUUAAAUUCAGAUGUUGCAAUGUUUUAGUUUUCCAGUCUCCCUUGUUCUUUGUAUUUAGAUCAGGCACUAUUGUGAUCGAUAAUCCAAUCUUCCCGGAACAUUGAUUUUUCACACUGUAAUUGUUUAUUUUCUCUGAUUACUUUAAUCGCCAUCAGUUACGAUAAAAAACAACCCUGUUAAAUGCGUCUGUCCUUCAGAUU